GGUAAGACUUUAAGCGAAACCGGGUUUCGGAUUUGAUCCAUUCAAGGAAGUGCGGAUUCCGUUCGCCGGGAGAGAUAAUUAUUUUGGUUGCGAGGACUUUGUAUUUGGGUAUAGUUGGCGAGAUUUAUGGGUACUCAACGGUGUUUAUAAUGCACGCAUAUUGCUCGACGAAAAGCCGCAGAGAGUCUUUUGUUGCUGUGCGAUUUGAUUGAGGCUCAAAAGUCUGAAACUUUUUGCUUGGGUAUUGAGAAGCUCGAAUGGUGAGCUUUUCUCUUUCAAAUAAGAGGUACACUUACAUACACGAAAGUGAAAGUAAGCCAACUAGAGAAGCCAUUGACAUCCACCAUGUGAUCAUCAACGGAAGCAAGCCAGCUGGUUAUGCCCGUCGUAGGGGAAUUGGUUUCUUCCUUGUGCUUUUGGCGAGCUCUAUGCACUUUUUGCUUGGAGAGGACAAUCCAGUUAGAACUCUUUCUUGGAUCUGCCUCUUAAGUGGUUUCUUAGUUAUGCUACAAAGUCGGAAGAUUGUCAAGAAAGAAUCUGUUAUAAUCAUGCCAACCUUCGGGAUCCAACUAGAAACUCAAUAUUUAAGUGGAAAAACUAUCUCCAGGUUUAUCCCUAUUGGCAAGAUUUUGAAGCCUGUGCUGGUUGAAUGUGUCACCCCUGUUACAUGUUACUGGAGUCUCUCCUUAUUCCUGCGUGGCGAAGAACAACUUACGUUGGUGUUUAAGGAACUGCGUCCGCCAUUGAAGAUAUUAGUUCCCAUUUGGAAAGCGUUGUGUGCUGUUAUCGGCACUGAACAAAGUGAGACGAUAGCUAAAGAAGAACAUGAUGUAGCUGGUUAAGCAUCUACAUUUGAGAUAUCUACUGGCCAUGAUCGGCUACAAGACAAGCACUGAAGUUGUGAUCACACAAUGUGUUCUGUAACGUGAGAAUUUGACUAGAGGACAAAAAAACUCUUGACUGGUAAACUUUUGGACCAUGGAUCGUUUGUCGACUAGAAACUUUUCUUUUGUAUAUUAACUGGAUAAAAAGAGUACAAUGAGUGAGUGCAAGGGUUUGAAAAGUUUUGAUGUACACGUUUCCUACAAAGUUGUGAUUAAUAAUUAAUUUAAUCCCA